UGGGCCGGUCUGGAUGAGGACGCCUCACCUCCCGUCUAGACGCGGACCCUCCGGCCCCCUCCACCCCCCGGUCUGCCCCAGCCUCUGGGGCCACACGGACUAACUUUAACCGCUGAUGCUAACCACAGUGGACAAGAUUUUUAAAAAAGGACCAUCAUCUUUACUACAGAGGAUGGGAAGGUGAUGCGCAGUGAGCCAGAAGAUCCGUUCUAUUAAUAGAUACUCAUCCCUACAGAACUUGGAUUACCUGUGGGUCCCUGGCGGUUUCACACAUUUACUAACUCCUGUGGCCUCAGAAGAAUUACUUUGGGUCCUCAUUUUUCUCUCUGGUGAACGAUGGCUUCCAGUCUGACUUGUACAGGAGUAAUCUGGGCUUUGCUCUCAUUUCUUUGUGCUGCCACCUCCUGUGUGGGGUUCUUUAUGCCUUACUGGCUCUGGGGCUCACAGCUGGGCAAGCCUGUGUCCUUUGGCACUUUCCGGAGAUGCUCAUAUCCUGUGCAUGAUGAGACCCGGCAGAUGAUGGUGAUGGUGGAGGAAUGUGGGCGCUAUGCCUCCUUCCAGGGCAUCCCCAGCACGGAAUGGAGGAUCUGUACCAUCGUGACAGGCCUGGGAUGUGGCCUCCUCCUCCUGGUGGCGCUCACUGCCCUCAUGGGCUGCUGUGUGUCUGAGCUCAUCUCCAGGACAGUGGGAAGAGUGGCUGGAGGAAUUCAGUUUCUGGGGGGCUUGUUGAUCGGCGCUGGCUGUGCCCUCUACCCCUUGGGCUGGGAUAGUGAGGAGGUUCGGCAGACUUGUGGCUACAUUUCUGACCAGUUUGACUUGGGUAAGUGUGAGAUCGGCUGGGCCUACUACUGCACUGGAGCAGGCGCUGCCACCGCCAUGCUGCUGUGCACAUGGCUGGCUUGUUUCUCAGGCAAGAAGCAGAAGCAUUACCCAUACUGACAAGGAGCCACCAAGACCAAACAGAGGAGAUGAUGGACUGAAGGGACGUGGAGGGACUGAAACAUCCAGCUGCUUUCAAAAGGUGGAAUAGUGGUUCUGAAACAUACAGUGCAAAUGAAACGAAAGACGAUGGACUCAGAAAUGUUAUAUAAUGUGGAAGGGUAGUGCAAGAUUUGGGGAAGAAAUGGAGAGCAUGAAUG